AUGGAGCGGAGACGACUGCGCCGAAUCCAGAAUGGUCGCGUGGUGAAAGAUGGCUUAGGGAGGCAUGUGAACUCGGCGAUGAAGGCCAUCAUCGUGGUGAUGAUCUUGGCCGAGCUUUUCAACAUCACCACGCAGAGGUUCGGCGUCCAGCAGUACUGGAUCAUACCGGUCGUGAUUACUUUGGCCUUGCUUUUUCCUGCCAUCACGCAAACCAUCUAUUACCCUGAGCACACCUUUACACUUUGGGUGGGCACAGAGCUGUACAUAUUCUGUUUGUGGUUCGCCUGGUUCUUCGAUGUCCGCCGGAAGGAAGAGCGAGCUGUGGACAAGAUGAAGAUGACGUGCAUGGAUCUUCCGCACUCGAACUGGCUCUCUUCAGACCAGUUCUGCUUGGAUGAGCCCCAGCUUUUGUCAUUGAUCCUCUUCGUGGUGGUCCUCAUCAUCACUGUGCUGCUGUUUAUUCCACACCGCGUGCUGCUGCCGUGCGCUUUGCGCCUCCACUGUUGCGGCGAUCGCUGGCUUGUUUGGUGGCGUUCCGUGCGAAAAGCUGGGGGAGGAGCUGCCAAAAGUCUUCAUCACUACACGUACAAGCCCUCUGGUCUGUUUGGCUGGCACCGCGAGGAGUUCAUGUACGUCGGUGAGGUGGACGAGAAGGAGCGCCCUCAUGGAGAAGGAGUGUGGUGGGACACCUCCUUCCAUGGUGAGUGUCUCCGUGGCGAAUGGUUCGAAGGGAUGCCGGCGGGCAGUUGGACUUCCAGGGAGUAUGGCACCGGUGCUCAGUUCAUGCAGUGCGCUGUGGGCUACGUCACUUCCCGUGGCGAUUGCCAGCAAAACGCUCUGAACAAAUCGUCGUUUCUGCCACACAAGGAGUCUCAGCUGCGCUAUGGCAUUGGAUAUGUGGAGGCGUCCUUUGCCGGCGGCUUCUUCCCCUUCCUUCCGUCCGUGGAGUAUCAUAACGAGAUGGACUCUGUGGAGGACAUGGUUGGACGGCUUGUGCAAAGCUACCACAAGCGCCAGGCUGCGGAAGAUCCGCAGCUCCGUGUGGAGGUGAUACCGCAGGAGUCCGAGGCGAGCCUCUUCAACGGCGUGAAGACGACGCAGGUGUUUGUCUCUUUCCCCGAAGGCGAGAAUGUGGGAUACAUCGCAGAAAGUGCCGUCGUGGAAAGAUUACGGACACCCAUGCGAAACAGCUUGGAGGCGCUAGUGUUCAUCCAUGGCUUCAACUGUGACUUAGCCACAGCAAUGGGUCGAAUUGCCCAAACUUUUUCUUUGGGCAACAUGGCUCCCCACAUCGUACCGUUUGUCUUCAGCUACUCUGGAGGCACGGAACUGUCUUAUUUCCAGGCCAAGGCGCAUUUCAAGGACUAUGGGUCCGAGCUUUCCGAGUUCCUUCGAAGCCUCCGGGGGCACUUCAGCGAGGUGCACAUCCUGACUCACUCCUGUGGAGCCGAGUUUCUCUUUACAAACUGGUCUGCCAUUGCAGAGUGCUUCAUGCCGUCGCGACGGAAGAGGCCUGAUGUGGCGGCCGGUCGGGGUGCCGCCGAGAACAACAACUCAACGAAACGGCCACGGUGGAUUCCCAAGCAUUCACGACACUUCGGGACGCAAGACCUGAGCCUGCACAUGGCGACGCUGACGAUGCUCAAUCCGGACGUGGAGCUGGACACCGUCAAAAGACUCCUCCCGGACAUCAUGCAUUCUGCCGAGCAUUUCACGGCGUACAACGACAGUAACGAUGGCGCUCUCUUCUGGAGCGGCGUUGUUCGCAGACUCAGCAAUGGCCUCUCGUGUAAGGGCUUUCACCGCAGAAAGCUUCUCGGGACGACGGUUCAGCCACUCUUCUUGGAAGAGCAGGAUGUCCGGACAAUUCUACAUAGCGGCAGCAGCCGGGGAAUGCGACGAAGGCACACCCUGGAUGGAGUCAGCGCCACGCAAACCACGCGGAGCCGAGUAUUAUCAGGACUGGGCCAUCAACUCAGCCAGAUGCUCCACCCUCCGCGUGUACAAGGUGACGGGACGAUCGAGAUUAUCGAUUGUUCAAACAUCGAGCAGAACGUCCACGCGCUGCGCCACAACUACUUCAUGUUGAACACGCAGAUGGUCGAGGAGCCUGCAGAGGAAGCGCCGGAGGACAUGGAGGUGGAAGAAGCAGAAGAACAGGAGGAGGAGAUCCUCAAGAAGCCUGCAGCCGCCAAAUCUGCAGCUAAGGCCGCAGCCAAGGGUAAGGCAAAAGCGAAGUCGAAAGCGAAGGUCGCUGAGGAGCCGGCAGAGCCUGAGGAAGAAGAGGAGGCAGAAGAACCAGAAGCGGCAGAGGAAGAGGAGGAGGAGGUAGCUCUGAAAAGACCCGCUGCAGCACCGAAAGCUGCCGAAGAAGAUCCGAAAAAGGCGGUUGGCAAAGCCAAGGCAAAGAGCAAAGCCAAGGCAAAAGCCAAGUCUAAGGCUGGCGAGGCCCCCCUGCCGGUGGAGGUCGAGCCCGAGGAGGUGGCUGAAGCCAUGGAAGAAGAUGGCGAAGAAGACGAGGAGAUGGCCGACGUUCCGAUGAAAAAGCCGGCAGCCAAGGCCGCGCCAAAGGCGACGCCAAAAGCGGCCGGCAAAGCCAAGGCUAAGGCGAAGGCAAAAGCCGCGGCGAAGGCCGAAGAGAAAGAGGAAGAGGAAGAGGAUGGUGCCGAAGAGGCAGAUGACGACGAAGAGGAGGAGGAAGAGGAGGAAGAAGAGGAAGAAGAAGAGGAGGAAGAGGAGGAAGACGAGGAGAUGGCUGAGGAAGAGCCCGUCGUCAUGAAGAAGCCCUCUGCCAAAGCCAAGGCUGCACCAAAGGCCGCACAGAAGGCUUCGCCCAAGGCGGCACCGAAAAAAGCUUCCUCCAAGAAGGCUGCGGUGAAGCCUCAUGCGAAGCCGAAGGCGAGCUCGAAAGCCAAGGGCAAGGUUUUGAAAAAGCCUGCCGCCAAACGGUGA